AUGAUUGAAUACAAAGUGUAUGCGCCAUAAAAAUGGUGUGUCGCUCACCAGUGUCGCCAGUGUCAAGUCUAAAUUUUUUCUUUUGAGGUUAGUGCAGGAUUGAGGCCUAUCAUGAGUUCUUAACCAAAGUUGUAAUAUAAGAAUGUAAAUCUUUGUAAAAAUACACCUGUGAUAUUUUUAAAAUUUAAAAAAUGUUCAAGUCUUUGAUAUCAUUUGGAGCUGGAUUCUACCUUGGCAUCUUUUAUGCUCAGAAUAAUGAGGUCCCAAAACUGGAUAGCCCAGCUGUCUUAUGGGAAAAGGCUCUCUCUUACUUACAAGAGAAUAUGGAGAAAGAAAAGGAUUCAGGGAAAGGAAAGUGAAGUUAGAAUUAUAUUUUACCACAAUCCUGGAAUUACUAGUCCAAUAUAUAGAUGAAUCUGGAAUAUUGAAUAAAAUAAUUUUAUUUCAAUAUUAGAUCGUUCCUAUUUCAUGGAUGUAUUUACAUACUAUUGUUUUUUUUUCGAAUGAAUUCAAUAAAAUUGAUCAUCUUUCUUUUUUCUAUCACUAUUGAGAGCAAAGAAUAUAAAUAACUUUACGUCAAAAGACAAUUAUUUUUCCCAGUGACCAUUUUCACAAAAUAGUAUGUGAGAAUAUUCAGAGGUGUUAGAAAAACUUAUCAUUGAAAGAUAAAAUUAUGUACAGUAAUAAUCUAUUCAAAAACUUUUAUUCAGCAAUUUAUUAUUGUACUUCUUACUGCGUAUCAAUUGUUUAGAAAAAAGUUUUUUUUAUUCAAAUUCUCGUUUCUACUGGUUUUCAUUAAUCUGCUCACCUAUUCGAAUUCAAUAUGUAAUAAAGCCUUUGUCUAUUAAUAGGUUGCUAGAGAAUUGCAUCUUAUUGAUUAACUCUGCUGAUUCUAUGUUACAAAGUGAAUUUCACAAAAUCUGGAGAGUAUAUCUGUCAAAAAAUACUAAUAAAUGAAUAAGAUACCAUUUUA